AUGGCAAGAUCACCAUCAAAACAAAUUCCAGAUGCAUCGCUCAAAAGAAAACGAACUCAUGAGCUGAGCGAUCGUGGCUCUGAGUCUGCCGCACCUUCACCAAACGCGUUAUCGCCAGGCCUUUCCUCAGCUCUUCCAAAACCCACCACACCUAAGACCGAACCAAUCGACCAAACGAUUGGCAAUAGCACACGCAAAGGGAAAAAGCCAGCCUCCAGGGCUGGAUCCAAGCCCCCGAAGCGCACCCCAUCUGCGCCUUUGCCAGAUGCCUUCAAGCGUCUUUCGCAAACCCACCGCGCUUUGAAUCUUGUUUAUACAUUCUGCUCCACGCGAAAGCAAUUCGCUACCACAUUUGACAAUAUAAAAAAGGCAGUGCAGGCCCAACUUGGCCCAGGACGAGAACUUACCCUCGAAGAUGUCGCACGGGUGAAGGUCAUAGUGCCUGGAGCAGUCCGGUUCGAGUAUGUGGACGAAGCCAAACUAGAAGUCAUGACUGUUGGCGAUCAAGAGAUAGCCCAGUAUGGGAAACAAAAGCGAAAUAGCUUGCCAGACGUGGCCGACCUGGACCCAGCAGAAGACGGCGAUGGCGAAGUUGACUGCCUAGGUGGCACCAAACAUGUCCUACUGUUUGAAUUUGUAGAUGGCGAUCUGAAGCGCGAAGUUUCGCAUCCAAAGACUGGGGAACCUACCAAGCCUAAGCGUCGGAUGAAAGACGAGGAUCUGAAGAUGCCCGUCUACAGCCAAAAGCAGAUGCUAGGUUUGAUCGAAAAGCGAAAUUCUAAAUUCUUGGACGCUAUGAACGCGUUCUUGGUACAGUGCGAGGAUAAUGAGACAGAUCCAGUUGAGUCACUCGACCAACAAAAAAACGCUUUCGUGCCCACCCCUCCCAACAGCGCAGGGAACACCCCUGCUCUUGCAGCACAAGCACCAGCAACAAUUCCCAAGGAGCGAAAGUCCAUUGGGGAAAUUUUAGCGGAAAUUCGGGAGAUGGAGUGGUAUUAUGCGCAGAUUGUGCCGGAAGGCCAUCGUGUAUUUGAAGCUCAGUCUUCUGUCUAUGGCGACUUGAUAUUUCAGCUGUCGCAGGACCUUGUGAAUGCUCUCUAUAACACAAAAGGCAUCACUCAACUUUAUGCACAUCAGGCAGAAGCGAUCAAUCAUCUGUGGGAAGGCCAUAAUGUGAUUGUGUCAACCUCGACAAGCUCAGGAAAGUCCCUGAUUUAUCAAAUACCCAUGCUUCACGAGCUGGAAAACGAUUCAGAAAGCAGGGGAAUGUAUAUUUUUCCGACGAAAGCUCUGGCGCAAGAUCAACGACGCAGCAUGGUGGAAUUGCUGCAGUGUAUGAAUGGACUACAGCACACUAUGGUUGAAACUUUCGACGGGGACACGCCAAUGAGCAGCCGAAACUUGAUCCGUGAUGAGGCACGCAUUAUUUUCACAAACCCUGAUAUGUUGCAUAUUACAAUUCUGCCACAGGAGGGCUCCUGGCGAACCUUUCUGAAGAAUCUGAAGUUUGUUGUCGUUGACGAGUUACAUGUUUACAAUGGCCUAUUCGGAUCACAUGUCGCUUUUAUCAUGCGACGACUUCGCAGGAUAUGUGCUGCCGUAGGUAAUCGGCAUGUCAAAUUCAUAUCUUGCUCUGCAACCGUUGCAAACCCCGAAGAGCACAUGAAAUCUGUCUUUGGGGUUCAAGAUGUGAAGUUGAUUGAUUUUGAUGGCUCUCCCUCUGGGCGCAAGGAGUUUGUUUGCUGGAAUCCCCCUUUUAAAGAUCCCAAGGAUCCUACUUCUGGACGAAGUGAUAUCGUUAUCGAGACUGCCCGGCUGUUUUGCCAGCUGAUCCUGAGGGGCGUCAGAGUUAUAGCUUUCUGCCGGAUCAGAAAACUAUGUGAAGUACUCUUACAGGCUGUACGGGCUGAGUUCAAUAGCCUUGAACGUGCCGAGAUCGGAAAAAUGGUGAUGGGUUACCGAGGCGGAUAUAGUCCUCAAGAUCGCCGUCAAAUUGAGAAAGAAAUGUUCGAGGGAAAGUUGAUGGGAAUCGUUGCAACAAACGCUCUGGAAUUGGGUGUUGAUAUUGGCUCUCUGGAUGCAGUAAUCACCAUGGGAUUCCCCUACUCUAUCUCUAACUUGCGUCAACAAAGCGGCCGUGCUGGACGGCGUAACAAAGACUCUCUUUCGGUGCUAGUCGGAGACAGAUAUCCAACCGAUCAACACUACAUGCAAAAUCCAGACGAAAUUUUCACGCGGCCGAAUUGCGAGCUGCAGGUAGAUCUAACCAACGAGCUUAUCCUUGAAGGCCACGUUCAGUGCGCCGCAUUUGAGAUGCCCAUCCGCCCCGAGGAAGACAGCAUCUAUUUCGGCCAUCAACUCCUCGCCCUGGCUCCAACCCGCCUCACAAAAGAUCCUCUCGGCUUUUACCAUUGUCACCCCCGAUUCCGGCCCCAGCCCUCCCGCUGCGUCUCAAUUCGCGAUACAGAAGAGGAACACUUCGCAGUCAUAGACACAACUGAUAAUCGUAAUAUCGUCUUGGAAGAAGUCGAAGCCUCGCGCGCUUUCUUCACAAUCUAUGAAGGUGGUAUCUUCCUCCACCAAGGCACAACCUAUAUCGUCAAAGAACUCAAUACAGAAAUGAAGCUCGCCCGCGUUGUCCGCGUCCGCGUCGACUGGAGCACAAUGCAGCGCGACUACACCGAUAUUGAUCCCAUAGAAACCGAAGCCAUGCGCAUAGUCAGCAACGACCCAUCUGCCUCGCGCGCCUGUUUCGGUGCAAUCAAAAUCCACGCCGUCGUCUACGGCUUCUUCAAAAUCGACAAGCGCGGCCGCGUCCUCGAUGCCGUCGCCGUCGAUAACCCGCCCAUCGACCGCCUCACUCGAGGCAUGUGGCUUGACGUCCCUACUCGCGCUAUGGAGAUCCUGCAAUCCCACAGACUGAAUGUUGCAGCGGCCAUUCAUGCCGCUGAACACGCUGUCCUCUCCCUACUACCUUCUUUUGUCGUCUCAUCGCCCGGUGAUGUCCGCACCGAAUGUAAAGUUGCGAAGAAGGAGCUCGGUCGUCCGCUGCGCCGCGCGAACAUGCCCAGUGAAUUUGAGGACAAGCUCAAGCCGCCUUCCCGGCAACGGCCUGCUCGGCUUACAUUCUACGAUGCUAAGGGCGGGUCCUGUGGCUCGGGAAUCGCUAGCAAGGCCUUUGAGUUUAUUGGGCUGCUUCUUCGGCGUGCGGUUGCACGCAUAGAAGCUUGUUCUUGUCUCUCGCCGCAGGGGUGCGUGGAAUGUGUUUGUGAUGAGCGGUGUAAAGAGAUGAAUGUGGUUAUGAGCAAAGCUGGUGCGGAGGUUAUUCUGCGGUGUCUGCUGGGUUGGGAAGUUGAUGUCGAUGCCUUGCCAUGGGGAGAGGAUGUCAAUGGAGAGGAGUUUGGGGUUGGUGGUGGGGAGUUGGCAGGAGGGUUAGAGACUGUGGUGAUAGCCGAGGAGGUUCCGUGGAAGUCUGGGUGUCGGGCAGGGGAGAUGUAA